CAGAUGAAGUGCAGAUUUAUGCUUUUUCAAAUGCCAUUUACAAAAGAUGAAAUACUGCAAACACAAAUUAUGUAAGUACGAAACUAUCGACAGUUCUGAAGGUGUCCAACAUAACAUCUUGCUUUGCAACAAGUCAGCCUGCUUUGACAAAAAGUGCUUUGCAAUGACGCCAUGGACUUUUCUGACAGCCAGUAAUAUCAUCAUUUAAUUAACUGAUAGAGUGUAGGCUAUCUGAGGAGGACAUUUAAGAAUGUCUUAACUCUAUCAGCGGUGAGGAUAAAUCAGGCAGAUUGUUACAUUUAGCGACAUAACGCCGGACCAGCACGCAGUGAAGAACCUAAGCUUACAUAGCUAUCAUUUCCAGUUUAUGUUGGGUAUUGACUUUUUCAAUGGUUAGUUUGUGUUCUUACUUCAUUAAGAACAAUUGCUCGUAAAAAUAAAAGAGCAGUUUGCGAGUUCAUUAAAAUUCGCCUCGUCAUUUUUGUCUCUGUCGCAGAGUGGAAUUCAGAACAAUCUCGUUCAGGAUGAGGAGCAACCAUAGCAAUGAAACGGAGCCUACUGAACAGAGAACAGACGAGGAGUGGUACCAAGAAAUUCUGGAAUUCGUCGCACCUGGACUGGAGCACUGGAUUUUGAUUGGGCUGUUUGUGGUCGUUUUUCUGUUGGGUAUUAGUGGAAACCUGUUGGUCUGUCUGGCCGUCUGGCGGAACCGGAACCUUAGAACUCUAACGAAUGUCCAUCUCGUUAACUUGGCUGUGGCGGACUUUAUGGUCAUCGCUGUGUGCCUGCCUCCCACCCUACUUCACGAUGCACUGGAAUCUUGGUUUUUAGGAACUGUUGGUUGUAAAAUUGUGACAUACUUACAGAAAGUAUCUGUACUAGUAUCAGUACUGACUCUCACCACCAUCGGCAUCGAGCGAUACCUUGGAAUAUGUCAUCCAAUGUCGGAUUUUCUCCCACGGAUAAAGACACGGGUCGCUCUAUUGGGCAUAUGGGUUGUCGCCAUGGUUACAGCUAUUCCGGAUGCGUACUACAUGACGGUGAUUCCUGAUAACGUCAUACCUCCCACGAUCAAUUUACUGAAGAGCUGUCGCCCGUCCGACAGUCAGGUGGAAGUUACACAGCAACUGGUCAUCUUUUUUGUGUUCUUCAUUAUCCCUCUCGCCAUAAUGGGAUUUGCCUACACAAACAUUUUCCUUUGCCUAUGGAGGAGUACUCAGAGCUUACCAAACAUCAACAACGAACACGCUGCUAAUACCGUCAUUCAGAACCGCAAGAUCACCGCCAAGAUGCUAAUUGUGGUGGUGGCGGCGUUCUUUGCCUGCAACCUUCCUGUCUAUAUACUUAACAUUCUAAGGUAUGUAGGAGUGUUGUUUACCGUAGAUCAUGCGAAAAUUAAGUCGUUUGCCCUGUCGUCACAUCUCCUCCUGUACACAAGUUCGGCCAUUAACCCGGUCAUCUACACUAUCAUGAGCGGAAAAUUCAGAACGGCAUUCCGUCAGAUGAUCUGUAAAGAUGUCACCAUUUGCAAGUGUAGGAGAAUGGUCAAAAACCGAAGCCAUUCCCAGACAACAGACAGCACAACGACAGGGGCCACGAAAAAUCCACCGGAGGAGAUUUGUCUGAUGACGACGUACGUCGCAAAAGGUCUACAUGACGCAUGACAGUGCAGCCUAAAAACGCAGAACCUUACAAACCCGUGAAGCGCUGUGAAGAAACGGACGAAUCCACUCCAAUAAAUUCUACCGACAGAGACAAACUACUGACAUUGUUAAAUAUCAAUAUGUACACGUUGUCACUUACCGUACUAUGUCAAAUUAUUUAUCUGGGUUAUGAUUUUUUAAGAUUUGUUUUCCGUUAAUAGAUGUAUGCAUAAACAAAACUUCAUUUGCUAACAUAUGUGUUUGUGAAUCUUAAGGCUUUUGAUUUAAACCACUAAAAGUGCAAUAUUCCCAGAACACGUGUUUGUGUUAUUAUUACCAUUUGUUUUUAGGGUCCAUGUAUGACAAUAUCAAUACCCGGUAUCAACUUUGCGUUUUGAUUGUCAUGUUCUGA